UGUGUGAAUAACACGCUUUCAUGAAAAACUGCUACUUUAUGUGAUUUUUUUAUGUGUUUUAGUGAUUAUUCGGUCUUAAAAGGGAAAAUGGAGCGAUACACAUCCUUGGUAUUGGCGUUGCUUCUCAUUGGAGCCAAUUGUCAAGAUGAAUCUACCAGUGCACCAGAAGAUAGCAGUGCUAUAGAAAAUGCAGUGUCGAAAGAAACCGGUAUCUGCCGCGUUUGUGUGUGUAAGGACGGCAAGGUGAACUGCAAGGAUCAGAAGCUAGGCACUUUCUUCAAAUUAGAACAAUGGGCAGAACUAACCGACAUCAAACCCACAAUUGUUGACCUGAGUGACAAUGUCAUAACAAACAUCACAACAAUGGCGGACCUCCCCAUUGAAGAGCUGAAUCUCUCAAAUAACAAGAUAGAAAACAUCGAAAACGCCAGCUUUAGAGAUCUGCAGGAGAUGAGGGUUCUGGAUUUGAGCUAUAAUAGGCUGACAUCUAAGCUCAGUCCGCACGCUUUUGAGGGUAAAUUCUCCGCUGAAGAAUACGAGCCACUCUCCUCCAUGCGCACCCUGAACUUAGCCUACAACCAGUUCCACUCCCUCCAUCAGGACCUUUUUGAGCAUCUCCCUGAGCUGACGUCUCUGGAUCUUACUGGAAAUCCACUGACUACCAUCGACCAUGUCACUCUUAUUGCUAUCUCCAGCUUGCCUAUGUUGAAGGACCUCCGCCUCCGUUCCUGCCAGCUGACCGAGAUCCCAGACAAGUUCCUCCACACCCCCCGCUACCUCGAGUACCUGGACCUCAGCGACAACAAGCUCACCAUGGUGCCCCAGGAGUUAGAGGAGACCAAGAAUUUGGUGUAUCUUAACCUUAAUCAAAACCCCAUUGUGGAACUGGAUAUGGACAAAGAGGAUGCUCUCGGUUUCCCAAUGCUACGCAAACUGCAAGAGCUACACAUGUGCAACAUGCCAGAACUCCGUCGCAUCGGCACUGGAGCUCUCGCUGGACUGACCACGCUGUCCAAGCUGCAUAUCAGCUUCAACCCCAAGCUGGCGGAGAUCGCACCCAAAGCGCUGGCGAGGCCUGAUGAUCGGGGAGAGAACUACGUUUGGCCGCUGGUCAAGGAGCUAUACCUCCAAUCCAACAACCUCACAGAAGUCGAUCGCCGUCUCCUCUCCCGCUGGGAGCUGGUUGAGAAACUAGACGUUUCUGAUAACCCCUGGCUAUGCGACUGUUCCACACAAUGGAUGGUUGACGACCUGGUUACCUACGUCGAGCGUCGGGCAACCAACGAGUCAGAGAAACUAAUUUGCCAGGAGCCGAUCGAAAUGCGUGGUCUCACAAUGAAGCAGCUGCACGAUAAGAAGAGUCACAUGAGAUGUGUAGACAAAUACGGCAAUAGGCCGGAGAGGGACGGAGCUAUACUCCUUGGCACACUAAUUGGUGUUCUACUGGCAGUUCCCAUCAUGCUGUCCCUGAUGCUGCUCUGGAGACGAGGCUACUUCGGCUGGCUCGGGUUCCGGGGGCCCGUGGACGUGUCCAGGGCCUUCUACAAGCGCGCCCCGGCCGAUGACAACUAUAUAUAAACCAUGAUUUAAUUCCACAUUGUCUUAAAAGAAUUUAGACAAUAAAUCCACGUAACACUGUCAUUCAGCUAAUGAGGUAGGUAUAUUUUAGAAGAGAAUUUGAAAUAGAGGUGUAUUGUAAAAGAAAACUAUGUAGCGACGUAAAUUUACUGCCAUCUUUCGACACAUAAUUAAAAUUUUAGAACGCCAUUUGACUUUGAUCCUUAUUCUUUCACUGAUACGUGUUCAAUUUGUAGAAUAUGAAAAAGUGGUGCCAUCUUACCGGGCACUACCUAAAGGUUAUGGCGCCAUUGCUCGAAACGAUGCUGCUAUAGGUCGUUACCUUUGGUCUUUGAUCUAUUAGAUGGCGCCAAUUUUUGAUAUUUAACAAAUUGAACACAUAUCAGUGAAAUAAUAAGGAUCAAAGUCAAAUGGCGUUCUAAAAGUUUUAAUUAUGUAUCGAAUGAUGGCAGUAAAUUUACGUCGCUACAAAGUUUUCUUUGACAAUACACCUCUAUUUCAAAUUCUCUUUGAUUUUAGUAGGUAGGCCAAAUCUUGUAGUUAAAUUUGACCCAUUUCCCGACUUUCAAUGUAGCUGAAAGUUUGCAUACAUAUGUAAGUCGGGUACAAUGUAAUAUUAUAGUACCAUCGAGCUGAUCUGAUGAUGGAGACAGGAGGUGGCCAUAGGAAUUCUGUGAUAAAACUACGCAACCUAAUUGUGUUUGGGGUUUUUAGAAUUGUCUCGAUGAGUCUUAAUUGCCUGUGGAAAGAAAAGUACAGUCAGCGAUAAAAGCUUGUACCAAAAAAUAAAUGUUUGCAAAAAAAAAUUGUAUGGAAUAAAGACAUUGGAGGAAUGACUGAGUAACGUAUUUUUUUGUUUACAUUACUUAUUAAAUUUUUAAGAUCCAUAAUUAUACUAAGUAGGAUAACGAUUAUUUUGACUAUUUCAUUAAUAUAAUUAAACUUAAAAAGGUAUAAGUCGAGUAUUGUUAUAUUAUAAGGUUAUAAAAUAAUAUUUAAAGUAUUUUAUUAAAGUAUGUUUUGUUAAAA